AUGGCCUCCUUUCCAAUCCCAGCGACACACCCCUACACAAUCAAAAUCUACACAUCUUCCCAACUCAGCCAGCAACCGGCCCUAGUGGACGAGCUCAGCGAACUCAUCAAUGAAAGCUUCCUGGUCCAGGGUAACCACCCACUGGGCCGGGUUGGUCUUCGCCUGGAGCGGCCAGGUCAACUGAUCGAGGAACUAGGCCCGUCAAGUUUAACGGCCGUGUGCUUUCACCACGCCGCCAAUGCAGAUGAAACUACCACCGAUGCAACGGGGACACCGGGACAGGUAAUUGGCACAGCCAGUAUCAAGGCCUGGACGGGUGAUAAAAUCUGGAACCCUGUUCGACACACUAUCGAGUCGGAUCUAGAUCCGAGCACAGACGACGAGCUAGUAGCCGCUGACGGGGACUUUGAAGCCUCGAUUGUUGCUGUGAAGCCAAGCGACGAGUUCCGAGGGAGAGGCAUUGCGGAUAAAUUAGUGGAUGCGGCUAUUCACAAGUAA